AUGUCUCCCAUCCGCUUUGGAAUUCUCAUGGUACCCUACCAGACUCUCGAUGUCGCCGGGCCAGUGGACAUCCUCUCUUCGUGCUCCCAGCCAUACCUCCAAGUCAUGGAGAAGGGCGGUGCGGUCCCCAAAGGCACCUCAGGCGCCGGCCUCGAGAUUGAAUUCCACUACGUGAGCACCGAUAUGAAGCCCGUCCAACACACAGGCAACCUGCAGUCCCUGCCAACCACCACCUGCAACGCAUGUCCCCCUCUCGACUACCUGUUGAUCGGCGGACCAGCACCAGACUACCAGCUACCGGAGACUUUCGCAUCCUUGAUCCGCGUCCGGGCUCAGGAGGUCAAGGCCAUUUUCACGACCUGUACAGGCGCCUUGCUGCUCGCUCAAACGGGUCUUUUGGACGGUAAAAAUGCGACCGUCAAUCAUGUGCUCCUGCCGUAUGCUCGGAUGCAGUACCCGUCGGUCCACUGGAGCGACUCGCAGCAGUGGGUCAUUGACGGACGCUUCUGGACUGCUUCUGGGGCGUGUGCCGGGAUGGAUAUGUUCGCGCACUGGGUGACGGAGAAUUGCCAUCCGGAUGUUGUUCGGGGCGGCUUUGCGAGUUUGGAUUUUGCACCUAGAGACAUCUACGGGAAGCCCCAGAGUAUCUUAAGCAAUCAUGCUGCAGAAUAA